UCUCAGUGUUGUCAGAGGAGUGAAGAUGUCGAGGUGACACUCACAUGUUUGAGCUCCAGUCUUCAGCCAUGCCACGGAAGUCUUGGAUUGAGGAAACAUUCCUCAAGAGAGAGUGUGUGAAGUUUAUCCCUUCCUCUCGGGACCUACACAGAUGUGCUCCAGUGUGUCAAGUGUGCCAAAAUUUAAUCAGAUGCUGCUGUGGGCGCUUGAUGGGGGAACACUCUUGGAAAGAGUCCCCUCCCCCCGUAUCGCUUCAUCCUGGACCCGGACAGGACCUGGAAGAAGAGGACUGGUCCGUCGAGCUUCACACCAAAGCCAGUCCCACAAAUGCCUACGGGAUCGUGGACUUUGAGGACACUGCCACACGGGUCUGCCGGGCCAAGUAUGUCCGUGUGGCGGUGGACUCGAAGCCGGAGGCGCUGCUCCAGCUGAUGCUGAGGGAGUGGCAGAUGGAGAGACCCAAGUUACUACUGACCGUCCAGGGAGGCUCAGAAAACUUCAGCCUGCCCCCGAAAGUCGAGCAGGCGUUCAGCAAAGGGCUGAUGACGGCCGCCCUCAGCACAGGGGCGUGGAUACUCACUGACGGCAUUAAUACAGGUGUAUCUAAGUACGUGGGCGAGGCGCAGAAAACAUUCGGGGGCCCUGACCUGAGGAAGAGAAACACAGUCGGCAUCACGCCGUGGGGAGUCAUUGACAACAACACAAGCCUGAUCGGUCGAGAUGUGUUCAGGCCCUACCAGCCGCUGGGGAACCCUCUGAGCAAGAGGGCCUGUCUUAAUGGUUUCCACUCUCACUUCCUGUUGGUGGACGAUGGAACGCUGGGGAAACACGGCUGCCAACAAGGCGUCAGGCAGAAGCUCGAGAAACACAUCCAGCUACAGAAGAUACACCCUCGCCUGAACCAAGGAGUGCCUGUGGUGUGUGUGGUGGUGGAGGGAGGCCCGGCCAUUAUCUCCAAUGUGUUGGAGUAUGUGAGCAGCGUUCCCCCUGUGCCGGUGUUUGUGUUUGAGGGAUCCGGCAGGGCUGCCGACCUGCUCGCCUUCCUACACAAGCAGACUGCUGUUGACAGGCAGUUGGACGCCGACAUUAGGGAGGACUUCCUCGUCAGGAUCGGGAAUGUGUUCGGAGUCGACAGAGCGGAGGCCUCUCAGCUCUACAGCCUCCUCCUGCAGUGCAUGGCUCACAGGCAGUCUAUAACCAUCUUUGACUCAGAGUCAGAGGAGCACAUGACGCCCGAUGCAGCCAUUCUGACAACUACUCUCAAAGGCACCAAGGCGAGUCCUGCAGAGCAGCUCAGCAUGGCUCUGGCCUGGGACAGGGCGGACAUCGCACAGAAAGAUGUCCUGGUGUACGGACAGCACUGGCAGGUGGGUUCCUUGGAGCAGGCCAUGCUGGACGCCGUGGUGAUGGAUCGGGUCAGUUUUGUCAAACUGCUCAUCGACAACGGCAUGACCAUGAGCCGCUUCCUCACUGUGGAUCGCCUGGAGGAGCUCUAUAACACGCCGCAGGCGCAGACGGACCGUUUCCUCCACCACCUCGUAGAAGAUGUGAAACAGACUUCUCUUCCCAUAGGUUACCGUCUUUCUCUCAUCGACAUCGGCCUGGUGAUAGAGUACCUCAUAGGAGGAGCGUACCGCAGCACCUACACACGGAAACACUUCAGAGCCGCGUACGUCCGCCUGCAGGACAAGGAUGGUCGACGGGACAGCUCCACCUCUUUGUCUAAACAGAGACGGGGGUUAAUACUCAACUCGAGCAGGGUCAGGAGUCCCCAGAACCUGCAGUUCUUCAGAACCGCUCAGCCGUACAAACCCAAGGAGCAGGGUGAGUCCCCCGGGAGCAGUCCAGAGAUCACGCUGAGCCCCGGCCUUGGUGACCCUCCGCUGCUGGUUGCCUUCAACUUCAACGACCUGUUCGUGUGGGCCGUGCUCCACCAGCGGCAGCAGAUGGCUCUGUUCCUUUGGCAGCAUGGCGAAGAGGCGCUGGCACGUGCCACGGUGGCCUGUAAGCUUUACCGCUCCAUGGCUUUCGAAGCCCGUCAGAGCAGCAUGGACGACAACAUGGCAGAGCGGUUCAAGACAUAUUCACUCGAGUUCGGUCGGCUGGCCGUGGACGUGUUGGACUGUGCGUUUCGUCAGAACGAGCAGAUGGCCAUGAAGCUGCUGACUUCAGAGAUGGAGGCAUGGAGCCACUUCACCUGUCUGCAGAUGGCUGUCUCCUCGUGUCACAGACCAUUCGUGUCACACUCCUGCACACAGACCCUGCUCACAGAUCUCUGGACUGGUCCGCUCAACAUGAGGAAAAACUCCCACCUGAAGAUUAUCUGGAGCCUUCUUCUGCCCCCUGCCAUCUUAGUCCUGGAGUUUAAAAGCAAAGCUGAGAUGUGCCACGUGCCGCAGUCCCAUGAGGCAAUGCUGUUUGGACUUGACACUGCAAAGUCAGUACCAGCUCACGAGGAAACUGAUCACACGGAUGCAGAGCGAGGCCCGUCUUUCUGUGACAAAUGUCUCGGUCCUGUGUCAGAAACUGUGUCCUCUGUGACCGUUCAUUGUCUGUCCUGGAUCACGAGGCUCUACGAGUUCUACACAGCUCCUGUUGUCAAGUUCUGGUUUCACACAAUGUCCUACCUGGCCUUUCUCAUGCUGUUCUCCUACGUCGUCCUGGUGAAGAUGGAGGACCGGCCCAGUGUUCAGGAAUGGCUCGUCAUAGCUUACAUCCUGUCCACUGCGGUGGAGAAAACCAGAGAGGUGCUCAUGUCUGAGCCGAGGAAGCUGAGCCAGAAGCUGAAGAUCUGGUUCUCAGAGUACUGGAACAUUUCAGAUUUCAUCGCCAUCCUCCUCUUCCUGGCCGGACUGGCGUUGCGUUGGCAUAACGAUCCGUACUGGAAGGCAGGACGUAUCAGUUACUGCCUGGACAUCAUCUUCUGGUUCGUCAGGGUGUUGGAUCUGCUGGCUGUCAAUCAGCAUGCGGGCCCUUACCUCACCAUGAUCACUAAGAUGACCCGCAACAUGUUCUUCAUCGUGGUGAUGAUGGCGAUAGUGCUGCUGAGCUUCGGGGUGUCCAGGAAGGCCAUCCUGUCUCCAGACGAGGAGCCGUCCUGGAGCCUAGCCCGAGACGUGGUCUUCAUGCCGUACUGGAUGAUCUAUGGAGAGGUGUACGCCACAGAGAUAGUGUGUGGCGACGGCGUUUCGUGUCCUCCUGCUUCCUUCCUCACGCCCUUCCUCCAGGCUGUCUACAUGUUCUUCCAGUACAUCAUCAUGGUCAACAUUCUCAUUGCAUUUUUUAACAACAUCUACUUUGACAUGGCGUCGACGUCCAAUAAGCUGUGGAAGUACAACCGUUACCGCUACAUCAUGACCUAUCAGGAGAGGCCGUGGCUGCCUCCGCCUCUGAUCGUCCUCAGUCACGUGACCUCAGCUUUGAGAGUCAUCUACCGGAGAUGUAAGGGAGGCGCUGAGCGGGAGGAGCGAGGCACAGGACUCAAGCUCCUUCUGGGCCACGAGGAUCGUAAGAAGCUCCACGAGUUCGAGGAGAAAUGUGUGCAGGCCUACUUCCACGAGAGGAGCGACGGACAGGACAGCAGUCAGAUCAACAGGAUCAGAGCCACAGCUGAAAGAACAGAAGAGAUGUGCACGAUGGCGGCCGAGGUCUCAGAGAAGGUCAACUUCAUCCAGAACAGCCUGUCGGACUUGGACGGUCAGCUGGGCCAACUCCAGGACCUCUCGGCGCUGGCCGUGGACACCCUCACUCUGCUCUCUGCUUCUGACAGCCGACAUCAGGAGGAGGCGUGCCUGGCUCAGUGUCGACCCAUCGCGGCGUCCUGCCACAUCCUCCCCCACAGCUGGACCCUCCCGCACAGGAGCGGAGCGGACUGCGAUGUACUUAACGUGCGGCGAGUCAUGGCCAAGUCGUGUAAAAGCAUGCCGCCCUCUCUGCUGAAGAGCCACGUCGGAGCCAGGGGCAGCAGAGGAGGAAGACAAGGACACGCUGAGGAGACUGAGGAAGGACCGAAGGAGGAGGAAUCUUCCAUGGAAGAGGAGGAAGAAGAAGAGGAGGAGGAGGAGCAGGGGGAGGAAAGGAAACUGUCUGAUACGGUAUCCAAAGCCUCCAGCACCGCCGGCCUUCUGUCUGACCCUCAAGACAUCUCCGAGGGUUUGGUCAAUCCUGCGUUUACUGACGACGAAGGCCAACCAAGUUCUCGGUCCAGACCUUUCAGCCAAUGGGGAAGACCUGUGAAACCCCCCAGGUGGGCGUGUAUGUCCAGAGACCGUCCCUACGGCUACUGCAGGUCUCUGUCGUCCAGCGUGGAGAACAUCACUUUCUCCGGGACGCCCCUCAGUCCUCUGAACGAACCAAUGAGCAAAGAGGGUUUGUCUUGUGGGAGGAGUUUUAGGGACGACACGUCACUACAGUGCAGCGGGGACAGAGAGUGGUCCAGGUCCUCUGACUUCACCCACACAGACAGCAGAGGCAAAAACCAGAACAGGAAGACGGUGAAGAUACAAGAGAGCAGUCCAGACCCUGUCGCCGUGCAGUCCCACCUGUCUGACGCCUGCUGGAGAAGGUGCCGCCGGCUGAGAGGAGAAGCUCGAUGUUGGUCAGCUUCAACCAGCCUCAAUCAGCUCAACUUCGAACCGAUGGAUUUGUUGCAGAAACAAAUGUUUUCCCAUCAGGACAUGUGGAGCCCGACUCACUCAGCCUGGAACAGCUGGGCCAUAUCAAUGAGCCGGAGGUCUUCGUUACAGAGCGGGGUCGCUCCUGAAGUGAAGAGCUCCCCGUUCCAGUCCACAGAAAACUUGUACCCGCACUAUUCAGCGAUGGAGAGAAACAACCUGAUGCGACUGGCUCACAACAUUCCCUUCACGCCUGUUUCCAUCAUGGGAGGUGAAGAGGUGAGCAUCUACUCCCUGGAGGAGGUGCCUUCUGAGUCCAACACAGCCUCCUCUUGGUCCUCACGAGGCCUGUCUGCCAUGCUGCAGCCCCUCUCCAGCGAGGAGGGCUCUCUGGAUGGGGGUCUGCGGCAGGGCUGCAGGGUGCUGUGCACAUGGGCAGAACAGAACGUGCUCAAACCUGGUCUGGUGUACGUGGUCAAAGCCUUUAGGUCCGAGGUGGUUCGUGCCUGGCAGAGGUACUUCCAUGGGAGCACGGCGCUGCAGCUUUGUUUGAGGGAGAUCCAGCAGCAGAGAGCCGCCCAGAAGAUGAUGCAUGUGUUCAACCAGGUCAAACCCGACGACAUGCACCACUCGCCGAGGUUUCUGGACGUCUCGCUGGUCCUCUGGCAUUCAAACGGCCAGUGGCUGACCAUCGAGAGGAACAUGUCCGGCGACUUCAGGAAGUACAACAACAACACAGGAGAGGAGAUCGCCCCUUGCUGUUCGUUGGAGGAAACGCUGCUCGCGUUCUCUCAUUGGACGUACGAGUACUCGUGCAGAGAGCUCGUGGUGCUCGACAUACAAGGAGUCGGAGAGACGCUGACUGAUCCAACAGUGAUUAUGGCAGACGAUCAAAGUGUCAGCCGGGGUGAGAUGCUCUUCGGUCCCGAUAACCUCGGAGACGCUGCCGUCAAAGGUUUCCUGCAGAAACACUCCUGCAGCGCCUGCUGUCGCAGACUCGGCCUGACAGAUUUAAGGAAGCGUCCGGACAGCAGCGAGGCCUAGAAACAAGAGGAACACGAGGAACCAGAGGAACCAGAGGAACCUUUGACUCAGGAAGUAAAACAUCAAAAGACACAUGCACUUUUUACCAACACGUAUCGAGACACGACGGCCUGGAAACACAAAAUACUGACUCUGAUUAGACAGAUCAUCGGCCUGUGACUGGACACUACAGAUUUUAUCACUGCAGUUUGUACAAAUGAUGCUCAUAUUCUUUAAAGUAAAUACUAUCAGGAGGAUUAUUCUUAUAAAAAUGAUGUUUUCUUUGUUUUUGGAUGAAAUUUAAACAUCACAAAGGCCUAAAUAACAAUUUUUUGUACUAAUAUUUUGAUUAUUGAGACAAUAAUUACUGUUUAUUUAACUUAAAUGUAAUGGAUUAAUGUACUGUACUAAAAUAAACACAUCUCAGUGUAAGCGUGUGCGUGCGAGACAGAAAAACGAGGCAGAAAUGCACCCAUAAAAUUUCUUUUAUUUAUUUUUUUUUCUUCCCACAA